GUUGCAGAAACAAUGGUGCCCCAAAACGGGCACGAUGAAGACACGAGCAACGUGGACUCAUUGCCAGACCGCAUCGCGGCGAUACUUACUGACCUAACAAUUUUCAUCACCGGCGGCACUGGUUUCAUUGGAAAGGUCUUCAUCGAGAAGAUACUUAGAAAAAACUUUGACAUCCGAGAGAUAGUCCUGUUGAUAAGAACGAAGAAAGGCAUGGCUCCGGAAGACAGACUUGACAGUAUUCUGAAUAAUCCGUUAUACGAUACUGUAGUGUCGUUGCGAGGUAAAAAGGCCAUACGAAAGAAGUUCCGCGUGGUGACCGGGGACGUGUCGCUGCCAGAUCUGGGGCUCUCCGCCGCCGACCGCCAGUAUAUCAUUAGCCACGUGCAGGUCUUCAUUCACACCGCUGCUAGCGUCAGAUUUGAUGAUCCACUGAAGAAGGCAAUUCUGCAUAACACUCGAGGUACAAAGCUUGUGUUGGAUUUGGCCAGGCAGUGCAAUGACUUAAAAGGUAUGUGCCACAUAUCCACGGCGUAUUGUCAUCCGGAAGUUGAGCUUCUUGAAGAAAAACCAUACCCUCCUCCCGCCGAUCCGCACAAGGUUAUUGCAGCCGCUGAGCUCUUGGACGAGGAAACGCUGGAGAUCAUAUCUCGAAGGUUAAUCCCUAAAUACAUCCCGAACACGUACGUGUUCUCAAAAGCGUUAGCUGAAGAAUUGGUAGUGCAAGCGAUGCAGGAGGGAAUGCCCGUUGGCGUCAUCCGGCCUUCCAUUGUUAUUCCCGUGUUCUUUGAUCCACUUCCCGGUUGGACGGACAACAUAAAUGGACCUACCGGAUUACUUAUUGCGGCUGGUAAAGGCGUGCUACGGUCGAUGUACGGGCGCGGCAACUGCUACGCAGACUUCAUCCCCGUGGACGUACUGGCCAGCGGGAUCAUGAUUGGCAUCUGGGAUUUUGCCACCGCAAAGACGGUGACGCUGGCGAAUUUUACGAGCUCUUCUGAGGUACAGGUGACCUGGGACGAGUUAUUGGACAUCGGGCGGAAAAUACUUAACAAGAUCCCGCUAAACGGAGCUGUCUGGUAUCCGGAUGGCGGAUUGACGAGUUCGCGGCUGUAUCACAACUUUCGCGUCGUGUUUUUCCACUGGUUGCCUGCAAUCAUCGUUGAUACUAUCCUGUUCCUACUCAGAUUCGAGCCUGUUCUCAUCCGUGUACAACGUCGACUGACAAAAGGUAGAGAGUUGUUCGAGUUCUACACUAACAGCCAGUGGUAUUUCAAAUCUGACUUUGGGCAGUUGGUUCGCAUGCGACUCAACGCCCGCGAGCUCAAAGAAUACAAAGUUGACACUACUGAUGCAAAUAUUCCUAAGUAUCUCGAGGAGUGCGCUAUGGUGGCGCGGCGUUACUUGCUCAAGCAAUCGGACGACACUCUUCCUGCGGCCAGGAGACAUCUCAGAAUAUUGUACGUGGUGGACAGACUGUGCAAGACAAUCUUCGCCUGCCUUUUAAUGUGGUUAAUUUUCAAGAGUUUCUCUUCAUACUUCUGUACUUCUAGUACCCAGAUUCAAGAACUAUAAUAACUAUAAAUCGCACCGUUAAUAUAAUAAAGCCAUGUGAUAAUUCAUCAAAAGUACUUUUAUCACAUGAAAAUAAUAAAAUUAAUACUAACUAUAGCUAGUAUAAGGGUUUAAAUAAUUAACUAAAAGCACACCACGGACACUCCACACAACGGCAACGGUCGAAAGUUAUUUACCCACUACUACAGCAAGGCGCUAUCUGCACACGCGCAAAUGUGUACGUAAAGUGAUAGGGUUACCAUCACUUUCUCGUACUAUCGUCUGCAAAAAUUAAACAAAGUUCAGCUGUCACUUGGUUAACCAGUACAAUAUUUAGUAGUGAGUCUCAUACGUCGUAUUACUGCUGGACUCUUUAACUUGGUCGCAUAUUAUUAGCUGUCAUGUUAUAAAGACUGGAUUUUAGAUUGUUUAUCGUGUGAUGUCUCAAUCAGAUCUAAUUUAGAUAGCAAGCGCUUAUUUCAAUUUUGUCGCGCGGGAGUUGAUGUACCUAUUUAUAAUAAAUAUCAUAAUAACGCACACACAUAAUCACUGUGUUUGUUCAACAAAACCGUUUUUCCCACUUUUUCCUAACUUUUUUCGCGAUCACUACACAAUUCUAAAUGAAAUUCUUCUUUCGGAUCUCAAUUUGUAUUGUGUCGGAGCGGAAUGAAAGCGCAUGCUCGAGAAUGCUCGCGCAUUCCGCUGAAGAUUCUGGCUCGUAUCUAGUUUGUACGUAACACAAUUGACCAUAAAGUUCAUAACGCUAUGUAUAAUAUUGUUACAAAAAUUCGCUUCCAUUCCGUUCCAAAUAUGAAUUGAGCCUAAAACUGCCGUGACCACAGACAUUAUUAUCUAAAUAGACGCCUCAAGUGUACCUACUUCUCGUCCACAAUGUAUCACGGCUUCAUUACUCCACAAAGUCUGCCGACAUUGUGGAGUAUAUACGGGUGAAAGCAGCUGGGGUCCCGCUACAAUGUAAAUUUUAAUUCAUUUGUGGUGAGAGUACCAACUUAACAUCUG